AUGGCUCCUAAAAUGUUCUGUUCCUUUGUGUCCGUUCUCGUUGUCUUUCUUGCGAUUCAUCAACCCUUCACCGCUCACUCGAGAAGCCCGAAAUCUGACGAUCCAAGCCUCACUUCCUUCCAGAGUUUGGAGGGGGCUCUCAAGGGCCAGACCAAGCAAGGCAUCAAAGACGUCAAGCGUUACCUCAAAGCUUUCGGAUACUUGGACUACGAAGAUGUGAACGAUGUCGCCCUCAUGGACGACAAGUUCGACGAGACUUUAGAGUCGGCACUCAAAUCUUACCAGAAAUUCUACCGUCUUAAAGUCACCGGAAAGCUUGAUGUCGACACCGUGAAGCUAAUGAGCGUCCCAAGAUGCGGGGUGCCCGAUUUCGUCUACCCUAGGCACGCGAACAGGAAUGCCACUAAGCCUAACGAGUUCCGCAUGGUAUCGCGCUAUAGGUUCAAUCCCGGCAUGAGUAAGUGGCCGCCUUCCAAAACCCAUUUCACCUACGCUUUCGACGCCAUCUACAACGACAUCUCGCUGGAGCAGUUGAGAGCAGUCUUCUGGAGCGUUUUCCAGUCCUGGGGCGGUGUUACCGCCUUCACUUUCAAUGAAGUUUCAUCUGGUGAGUCGCCCGAUCUCGUCAUAGGCUUCUACGAUGGCUAUCAUGGCGACAGCCGACCUUUCGAUGGGCCUGGCAAUGUUCUUGCCCAUUCGUCUUACCCGACCUCCGGUAUUUCCCACUACGAUGCGACCGAGGCAUGGAGCCUUAACCCCAACUCGACCCAAACCGACUUGGAAUCGGUGGCCUUGCAUGAAAUAGGACACUUCCUAGGUCUCGCCCACACCCAGGAUCCGAACGCAGUCAUGUAUGCCGGAAUUGCGGCCGGUGCUGUCAAAAGGGUUCUUCAACAAGAUGACAUCGAUGGAAUACGUGCCUUGUACCCUGAGCAAUCGUAG